AUGGCCCGGCACAUCAAGCUCACGCAGCAGGGGGAUUGCCACAAGUGGGCCGGCAUCGCCCGUGCGGCCGGCGACGCGAUCCUGCGCGUGUACAACUCAGAGACCUGGGGUGUGGAGCGCAAAGCGGACGAGUCGCCCUUGACCCGCGCUGACAAGGAAGCCAAUGCAGUCAUCUGCGACGGACUGGCACAAAUAGCACCGCACAUACCCAUCGUGUCGGAGGAGAACCGGCAAGUGGCAUAUGACAUGCGCAAGGGCUACCAGUACAGCUGGUGCGUGGACCCGCUGGAUGGCACCAAGGACUUUAUGAAGCGCAACGGCCAGUUCACCGUCAACAUUGCGUUGCUGGAGGGAGGGCACCCCGUGCUGGGCGUGGUGGCGGUGCCAGUGGACGGCACCGUGUACUGGGCGGCCAAGGGGCAGGGGGCGUUUGUGCAGCGGGCUGGGCACGAGGCGCAGCAGCUGCAGUGUGCAGAGGUGGACCUCACACAGCCUGGGCUGGUGGUGGUGGCAUCGGCCAGCCACCUGACGCCCGAGACGCAAGAGUUUGUGGCUCAGCUGCGUGAACCCAGCUUCAAGCAGCUGGGCAGCUCGCUCAAGCUGCUCAUGGUUGCUGAGGGCAUUGCGCACGUGUACCCCCGGCUGGCGCCCACGUGCGAGUGGGACACGGCGGCGGCACACGCCAUUGUGGAGGAGGCGGGGGGCGUCGUGGCGCUCACCAGACGGGAGCCCGUGCAAUACAACAAGGAGAGCCCGCUGAACCCGUUUUUUGUGGUCUACGGCCAGAAGGCUUUGCCCUGA